AUGUAAACAUAUUCUGCCUAAAAUAUAAAUAAUUUUCGUAAAUAAAUUUCAAAUUUAUUUACCCAAAAAAAAAAAAUUGUAUAACUUCCUAGUUAAAACUUAAGUGCAUUUUCAAAUCUAAAAAAUUAAAAAAAAGACUAUUUAAUUUAAAAAAUUAAACAUAAAAUGGAUGAAAUAUUAGAAUCAUUUUAUGUAUUAAUAUUAGUUACUACAUUUACUAUAUAUGCCUUAUUUGGUGAUGACAUUCGAGUUUUUAUAACUGAUAAAGAAAAAGAUGAAAUUUUUUGGAUACUAUAUAUAAUAUCCAUUAUAAUUUUUAGUACUGAAAUAAUAUUAGCAUCAAUCUGUUAAAAAAAUUAUUUUAAUAGUUUUUUCUUUUAUUUAGAUACUGUAGCUACAAUUUCUCUUUUAUUAGAUAUUGGAUGGGUAGUCGAGUAUUUCUUCGAUAAUCAUAGUGCUACUUCAACAUCAUCUUCUAGCUAACUUUCUAAAGCUGGAAAAGCAUCAAGGGUAGGUACUAAAGCGGGAAGGAUAGUUAGAAUAGUCCGUUUAGUUCGGUUAGUUAAAUUAUAUAAACACGCAUAAUAGGCAUUAUAAAUUUAAAGCUAGAAUUUAAAAAAACUGGAGGAAGAAUAAUAGAAUAUUGGAAAGAAUUAAUAAAUAAUUAAACUUUAAAAACCUAAAACAUAAUUUUAAGCGAAGGUGCAUAAAUUAAUAUUAAAAAAUAGGAUUUAAAAACUUAUAAAAUAGAAAAAAUAAAUGGAAAAAAUCGAUACUAAUUUUAGAUAUAUAUAUUUCCAAAAUUCCUAUGUAUGUAAAUAAAAAAAUAUGAAUUAUAUUUCACUUAAACUGCAGUCAUUAAAUACGGAAGAAAUUCAUAAUAAAUAAACUAUUUAAUAUAAAGAAAAUGAUAAUAAUGAAAGAAAUGAUUAUAUCUCUGCAUAAUCAAAAAUAGGGAUCAAACUUUAAGAAUUGACUUACAAAAGAGUUAUUUUAUUAGUACUUUCAAUAAUUAUGACUGUUCCCAUUUUUUCAAUUGAAACAUAUAAAGAAGAAAUUACUAGCUACGAUAAUUCAUUAGCUUGUAUUUAUGAUUUUUAUUAAAAAAGUUAAAUAGAUAAAACUAAAAUUUUAUUCGAUAAAUAUAUUUCAUUUCACUAAAGUACUCAUUAAUGUUGUAAAAAAUAUCCUAUAAAUUCUAAUGAAGCUGAAACUGAUUAAGAACUUGAGAAAUUCCGUCACGAAGACAUUUACUACUAUACAUUUUACGACAAUUAAGGUAUUCUAGCCGGUUUUAUAAUAAUUGAUAAAACAAUUGACAGUGAGCUAAAUGCUAUUUUAGGAAUUGUUAGGACUAUUUUUGUAUCUUUAAUUUUAGGUUAUGCAGCUAAUUCUUUUUCAGUUGAUGUAGAAAAAUACGUAUUAUAACCGAUUUCUAAUAUUAUGAAAAAAUUAUACCGAAUUUCCCAAAAUCCCCUAUAGGCGAUAGAAAUAGAAGAAACAGAAACUUUAAUAUUGGAACAAUUAAAGAAUAAAAAAGAUAAAAGCGAUUAUAAAAAAAGCCAGGAAAUUUAAAAAUUUGAAACAGCAAUUUUAGAAAAUCUAAUAAUAAAAAUAGGAAAAUUACUUGUAAUGAGUUUUGGUGAAACUGGCUCUAAUAUAAUAUCAAAAAAUAUAUCAAAAACAGGUGAUAUUAAUCUUUUUUUUCCCGGAAAAAAAUUCAUUGGAGUAUUCGUUUAAUGCUAAAUCUAUAAUUUCGAAAAAAUAAUCAAUAUUUUACAAUAAGAUGUCCUUUUUUUUAUAAAUAAUAUAGCCUAAAUUGUACAUACAGUCACUGAUUCUUUAUCCGGGGAAUCUAAUUAAAAUUUAGGGAAUUCUUUUCUUUUAGUAUGGAAAAUCUCCUCUAAAAAUUAAUUAAAUUAAAGCCUUUAUGAACUUCCAAUUUAUUCUGUAAUCAAGACUUUGAUGGCUAUUAAAGAUUCCAAGAAAAUAAGGUAGCAUUAUAAUAAGUUUAAACUCUAAAUUUAUUACGGGUUACAUGUUGGAUGGGCUAUUUAAUGUACUAUAGGCUCUAAUUAUAAAAUAGAUGCACUUUAUUUAGGAAAAACAGUCAAUAUUUCUAAAAAUUUGGCUUAAUAUAAUUCUUAAUAUGGGACUUAGAUAUUACUUAGUGCAAAUAUGUAUACACAUCUUUCAAAAGAAUGCCAAAAAAUGAUGAGGAUAGUGGACAGAAUAUAUUUAAAUAAAUAUAAAGUGAAUAUAUAUACCAUAGAUUUGUACUUAUAUAAUUACUAUGGAUUUGAUAAAUUCGAUAAAUCACAUUUAAGUUCUAGUUUAAUAAAAAAAAGUAAGGUUUUGCACAAAAUACAACGGAAACAAUUCAAAGAAAAUAUUUAAUAAAGGAAAGUUUCAUCUUUAGAUAUCUUUCUAAAAGAUAAAAAUAUAUAAAAAAUAAGACUUUUAUUUAUAUAAAAUCCUUAUUUUUAUUCUUUAUGGAAUUAGGCUAUUUAAUUAUAUUUUUAAGGAAAAUGGAUUGAGGCGAAGUAUUUUUUCCUUUAAACUAUAAAUUUUUUCUAAGAAUUUAAUUAUAUAGAUUACCCUUCACUGUAUUUAUAUUAAUAUAUUUCAGAUUUUAAUUUUCAACCACCUCCUAAAUGGGAAGGAGCUAGAAAAUUAUGA